AAAUUUUAUUUCUGGGGAUUUAGAAUGGCCAAUGGCCCAGUCUAUGGCCCAUGUUAGAGCCUUGGCCCUUGUCAGUGUAUUAUGGCAUUUUUAAGGGCCAUAUUGGGCCAUAUGGACCGUUCCUGGCAGCCAGUCACACGGACCGUACGUGUACCGGUCUACUGAGACGGUCCACAGACCACUUUCAGAGCUGUGCACUAGUGCGGUCUGGCUCUACGAGGAUCUGCCUGGCUCUGCGAGGAACUAUCUGGCUCUACGAGGAACUACUUGGCUCUACGAGGAUCAACCUGUCUCUACGACUAUCAACCUGGCUCUACGAGGAUCUGUCUGGCUUUACUAGGAUCUACCUGGCUCUACGAGGAUCUACCUGGCUCUACUAGGAUCUACCUGGCUCUACUAGGAUCUACCUGGCUCUACUAGGAUCUAUCUGGAUCUACGAGGAUCUACCUGGCUCUACUAGGAUCUAUCUGGAUCUACGAGGAUCUACCUGGCUCUACUAGGAUCUACCUGGCUCUACUAGGAUCUACCUGGCUCUACGAGGAUCUACCUGGCUCUACUAGGAUCUAUCUGGCUCUACGAGGAUCUACCUAGUUUACAAAAUACUGCCUGGCUUUACAAAGCUCUACCUGGCUCUAAAGGGCUCUAUAAAUUAUACAAAACUCUGCAAGGCUCUAAAAAGAACUACAAGGCUCUACAAGCUCUACCAAAGAUCUACAAGGUUCUACAAGGCUCUACAAAGUUCCACCUGGCUCUACCUGGCUAGCAGGUUGGGAAGCAGUGACGGGACAGAAUGGCAGAUAUGAUGACCAAGCUCUUGUACCAUCGCAUGAGGGAAAUGGUACUCACAGAGGAAGACUUAAAUACUUAUGGCUACCCACGGCCUCACUCUCAGCCAGGAAGAGCCGUGAUUCACAGAGCAGCGAGUCACUACAACAUCAUGAACAAUUUCAACACGCGUACCUGCCAGCGUUGCAAAACAUCUUAUAGCAUUGAUGCUGCAGGGAAUCUCAUCUCACCUGAGCCUUGCAAUUAUCACUGGGCUAAGCUGUCAACCGGUACUGUGCCUACCUACUACUGCUGUCGUGGAAAGGUGUCAUCCCAGCCAUGCUGUACCGCUCCAAGACAUGUAUCUGAUCAAAUUGAUCCAGAUAAUUUAAUUGGCUUCAUUAAUACCCAGCAAAGCCAUGCUAGGAAGGAAUCUAUCUUUGCAAUGGACUGCGAGAUGGUGCACACCUCAGUCGGAAUGGAUGUUGCAGCCAUAUCUAUGGUGGACUGUAAUAGCAAGUCAGUCUAUGAGACCUUGAUCUUACCUGAUGCUCCAGUCAUAGACUACAACACCAAACACUCAGGACUAACCGAGAAAGAGUU